UUUCCACUUAAAAAUUAAAAAUCAAAACUUUGAAUAGGUUGGUUCAGAAAACACAGAAGGGAAAGGUUCCUUUUCUAGGUAAAAGGGGUAUUUGCUUUUAGGUCAUUAAAAACCCAUGUCUGAUUUUUUUCUACUUGGUAAGUUGUCUGUGGUGCAGACAUAUCCUUAUCCUUGUGUUUGGUUCCAAAGAAUACAGAGGAAAAGAAAAGAAUAGGAAAAUUCACCUCAAUAUUGCUAAAACUAAAAGGUAAUUCAAUUGUUGAUUGGCAACAGUUGAAUUGUGGCUUACCUAUACGUUGGUUCCAGAUUCUGGCAAACAAGGACAAGAACUGUUCUUGGCUGAAGUCAAAUUAGAAUGGAAGGUAGUAUAUUUACAGGCAUAGGAAACGGAACCCAACUAGAUACCAAGGUUGUGCAGACAUUUCAGAAGAGCUUUGUGCAAGUGCAAGAUAUUUUGGAUCAGAACAGAUUGCUAAUUAAUGAGAUUAACCAAAACCACGAGUCCAAGAUCCCUGAUAACCUCAGCCGGAAUGUUGGCUUAAUUAGAGAGCUUAACAGCAACAUUAGAAGGGUCGUAGAUCUCUAUGCUGACCUCUCCAGCUCUUUUUCCAGGUCAAUGGAAGCUUCAUCAGAAGCUGAAUCAGGUGGGACUUUGAAAUCUGAUGGAAAAUCUAGCGAGAAGAGAAUUAGAUCCGGGUAAUUGUUCAAAAAUUGGCUUUGUUAUAGUUAUAGAUUCUGCACUCUUCAUUACUGAAUAAGAAAAAUUUGUACUACCAGAGGGAAGAACUUGACGAGCUUGUGUUACUCUUCUGUAUCAAUUAUAUCUAUUUGAGGCUCCGUGCAACAGAUUCACUGCCACAAACUUUCAUGAAAUAUCUCUAUGAAAAUUUAGCGCUGUAGUUUUCAGUUUCAA